AUGUGCAUGCAUCUUAAAGUAUCGCCUACUGUCAACGCGUCAAACGGUUUUGACAAAUGCACGGGGGCGCAAACCAGAUACCGAGUCGAUGCAAGCUCUGCGACGACAUGCUUGGGAGCUGUGAUCAUCGAUCUGGGCGUGCGCACCAUCACGGGACCACCUGGGACAGACUACGACGAUGGAGUGGAACAAGGGAAGAGUGAUCAGUGCCGAGACCCAGAUGGACCAACCCGUUCAACAGUCCAACACGAGCCUCAUUCCGAGCCUUCGAACUCAGCAAAGACGAUCGAUGUCUGA